AUGGUAAUACAGCGCGUUUGGCGUAGCACGGCUGCUUCUUCGAUUAAUACAACGCCACCCACCGCGACAGUAGCUUCCUCCGUGGCCUCCACCUCGGGGUCAUCUGCGGUGGCUGCAGUUGCAACAAGUGCCUCUGAACCGCAGCCAACCAGCAGCAGCACGGCAUUAAAUGCGUCCGAACCAGAACCAAGCAGUGCAUCACAACUAAUGGUGACUACGGGAACGAGACAAAAGCUGAAAAAUGCACUCUCCGGCGAGGCUACUCUAGAGGCACUGAAGCAACGGUACGGCACGGGACGCUCGUUCGUCAGCCAAACGGCCAAUGAUGCGGCCAUUAAAUCGCUGGAACUCCUACGCGCCAACAUUCAGUGCUAUUUCGAUAAAGAGGUCGACGUGAUCGUGAAAAAGUUCCACCAGACUUACUUCGUGCCGGCAAUUAGAAACAUCAAGGAAAACCUGGGCGAGGGAGCCAUCUCCGAAGAGGCGCUAAAGAGCGUGUUUUGUUCCUUACUAGAAAACACCAAGGCGCAGUACGGCAGUCAGCUUUCCUCGCCAGCAGGCAAUUCGCUCUCACGUGCCAACACGCCCGGAAUGGAGCUCAGCGAUUCUGACUCCAGCACGGACAAUGCACCAGCCACCGGUGCAGCGACAAGUCUGCUGCAUCAAGCACUGAAGCGCAAGCUUCCGGAACCGAAUCAGCCGGAUCUGUUCAAACGGCAGUACUUUCUGCACGGUCCUAUCUACCCCCACGUCCAGUAUCAAUCACUGCAGCCCACCCAAGCGAGUAGUUCGGUGAGUGCCGUGGGAAAUGCGGCCUUUUCCGCUACCACGUCCCGUCCUUCGUCCUUAGCCAUCCCGACCACGGUCAUCACUCCCGAGAGCCUGUUCAUUCUCGACUUCAAAGCGGCCCGAGCGCUAGGCGUUGCUGAUUUUCGCGAUCGGUUGGCUAACAAGCAUCCUGAGGUGCUACGCUACUGUCCCGACAACCAGGACCGUGAGUGGCUGCUGCAGCAAAAGCAGGUGACGCCGCUCAACAAAACUGGCCGCUUCUUCUUGCUGGCGCUGGACGACGUGAAAAAGCUCAUCGAACGGAAUGCUUUUGAGCACGCUCCUGCCGCAGGACGAUCGGGAGAACUGCACGGCUUCAAGGUGACGGAGAUCAUCUACGCCAAGAUACAGAAGCUGCUGAAGGAGCUGACCGAUCGGCAGCGAGUAUCCGAUGGUUUCGAAUCACCCAAGGUACCGGCCGCCCAAAGCAGACCACGAUUUUCCUCGCUCAGUUCCUCGCACGCCACGCUGACUGCGUUGCUUUCGACGCCACACUCGCAGCCCACCGACUCCGGAAGCAGCUCGCAGACAACGGUCAGCAUGGAGGGUGCCGAUGCGAAGCGUAGCUAAGCUUCCGACUCAGUUCCUGUGUGCAUAUCAUGGCGGAUGGCGGAGAUAGCCGCCACGGAAUGUAUUGUAUAGGUAUAACCGCCACGUGGCUGGUAGGUUUCUUCGUGGUUACCGCAUCGGACUGUGUACGCUUUUGGUGUAUUUUGGUGAAUUUUUCAAGAAAUAAAUAGACAA